UGACACUGCAAAUCGAAAAGCUUUUGCUUGCAUUACAAUCACAGAAUCAAAAAAUAUCUUCUCAUACCAACUUCAUUGAAAAACAGAGAAAUCUGCGUAGAAAAGUUCGAUAAAAAAAUAACGUGCUUGCGUGGCCGCCUUAUCAUGUGUCGGCGAAUGCCCUCAAAUCCAGAUCUGAUCAUUUCUAUAAGCCGUCCAAAUUAUUGCAGAUCCCCACUGCUAUCGUCAGAUCCACGUGGCAUCUUGUCUUUUUCGGAGUGGAAUGUUGCUAUAAAAUCUCAAAUUUUGCCGACCAUUUAGCCAGGUUGAAUUGUGUGUGUUUGGUGUUUAACACAAGGCUGGUGUUUGUUGUGUUCUGGCAGAGAAAACUCUCCCACUUCCUUCUCAAGACGUGAUAAGCAGUAAGGAGUGUACGUAUUAAAAAACAUGACGAUUACUGUAGCAGAGCCCCCUCUUGGAGAUGAAGUUACCAUCCCUCAUAACAAGGCUAUAGAAGGCAUUCCAAAUGAGUUGGUUUUGGAUGGUGGAUUUGUGACCCCAGAAAGCAAUGCAUUCGGCCAUGCUUUCAGAGAUUAUGAAAAGGAAAGCGAAAGGAAAGCAAUUGUUGAAGAGUUUUACAGAAUUCAACACAUUAACCAGACUUAUGAUUUCGUUUUAAGGAAGCGUGAGGAAUAUGGUAAGCUUGACAGAGCUGUGAUGAGCAUCUGGGAAUGCUGUGAACUCUUGAAUGAGUUUGUAGAUGAAUCUGAUCCUGAUCUUGAUGAGCCUCAAAUUGAACAUCUUCUCCAAACAGCUGAAGCCAUCCGUAGAGAUUAUCCCAAUGAAGAUUGGCUUCAUUUGACUGGACUCAUUCAUGAUUUGGGCAAGGUGUUACUUCAUCCUAGUUUUGGAGCUGAACCUCAAUGGGCUGUAGUAGGUGACACCUUUCCACUUGGAUGUGCAUUUGAUAAAUCUAUAGUUCAUUGUGAGUAUUUCAAAGGCAAUCCAGAUUACUACAAUCCCAAGUACAACACAAAGUAUGGAGUGUAUUCUGAGAAUUGUGGACUGGAAAACGUGAUUAUUUCAUGGGGCCAUGACGAAUACAUGCACAUGGUUGCCAAAAUGAACAACACCACAUUACCCCCUGCUGCACUCUUCAUUAUCAGAUUUCAUUCUUUUUAUGCUCUGCAUCGGGCUGGUGAAUACAGACAUUUGAUGAAAGAAGAGGAUUACCAAAUGUUGGAAUGGCUCAAAAUAUUCAACAACUAUGAUCUAUACAGCAAGAGCAAAGUGAGAGUGGAUGUAGAAGCUGUGAAACCUUACUAUCAAUCCCUCAUUGAAAAGUACUUUCCUGCUAAACUGAGAUGGUGAUUUCUCAUUGACCAAGAGAUACAGUGUAAAGAUGAGCAGAUUUUACUAGGUUGUUUAAAUUCAGUAUAGUUUUAUUAGUAAAGUAAGUUGAAUGCUUAGUAUUUAGGUGAGAAAUAGUGGGAUGAUUAGGUUUGUAAUGACUCAUCGCACCUUAUGUGCCUAUUUUCACCAUGGAAUGGACUUCUCCAUUUAAGGAUUAGAUGAGUACUGUACAUUUGUCAUUCUAUCACUAUGAACAGAGCUUGAAUGAUUAUAUAACAUACCACCAUGGCUGCCAACAAGAAAAAUAAGUGAAUAAAAAAACCUUUCUAACACUGCUUAGAAAGGCAAGAGUUGAUGUUUUUCUCUUCUUGUAAGAAUUCACAUAUUUAUUGGUGUUACAGGCUGAAUUUAACUAGGCCAAAAACACAAAAUUGAUUUCAAUAAAUAAAGUGGAUUACUUCCUUGCAUGGAAAUCUUUGUUUUA